AACCGCUGCUCUAGAGACAAAUCAGGAAAAAAAUAGGAAAGACACAAAUUACCAAUAUCAGGAAUGAGAGAGGUGGCAUCACUACUAAUAUUAAAAGGAUUAAUAAGAGCAUAUUAUGAACAAUUUCAUAACAGAGCCAACAACAUAGAUGAAAUAUACUAAUGUUUUGAAAACCAUGAAUUAAGCUCACUCAAGAAGAAACAGAAAACCUGAAUAGCCCUAUAUCUUCAAAAUAGAGUUUCAAGUAAUCUGUAGGGGAAGAAAGAAAUACUGGUGGAGCCACAGUAGGGAACCACACAGAGCAGGUGCACACCACCUGACUUCCCUUUUGGCUUUAUGGAGAAGAGGCAGGAAAAGCAGCUUAGCCAGCUCUGUUUGGGGAAAGUUGAGUCAUGAUGAGAUCAAAGCUUUCCACAAACCUGCCAAGUCACCAAUCAAACACACUUGGACCAAACCCACUCAGAUUACAAGAAAGAAAGUGGGUGGGGGAGCUCUAAGCCCAUCCACACCUUGACACACCUUUGAGAAUUCCUUUUCAGUUGAACUUUGUGAGUACACAGAUUUCACUGGGAGAAAAAAAAAUUAUAGAAAUCCUCCUUGGACAAACCUAAAAUGCAGACACUUAGCAGCCCUAAGAGUUUUGAAAGGAUCAAAUAAAAACAUUCCAUUAAGAGGCCUGGCACACUGUUAGAGCUUCAUAAACAUUCCCUCCCUCGGGAACGCACUGGGAAUCACCCAGAACAAUGUACCCUGCGCACACCUGUAAAUCUAUUCAGAGGACCUUUUUGCUCUAAUUCUCUUUCUUGCGUUUCUCUUAAGCAAGAAAGGGGAUCUAUGUCCUCAGAAGCAGUUACCGUAUCUAAAUAAUUGCAAUGCAUUUUAAGGAAAAGGCAAACAUUCUCAUUUUACAAGGGAUGAUGGGCGCAUGCCCAAGAAAAUUACUCAGCACUUGUUUUUCUCCACUUGGGGUUCUCCUAAAAUAGUUUCUUCAAUGCCAUGAAUAUCCAGACCCUAUCGACCCUUCACCGUUGGGUUUUGCUUUGGGAGAGCGACAGCUGCUCCACCCAGCAGACCAUUGCUUGGCUCAAAGGAGGCUCUAGAAAGGAUGCAACUCGGGGAGGGGGCGGACCCGGGAGUGGGGUGUUACGAAACCUUCGGGAACAGAAGGCCCCUCCUUGGAGGGAGGGACUGAGGCCUGGGGACCUCAUUCUCUAUAAGUCGCAGCAGCACUGGAUCCCAGCACUCCGCUCUGUGCGGCUUCUUUGACUGUGGCCAGGCAUCCAAAGCAGGUGCCCCCCCGCGGUGUCCAAGCCCGUCUGCUGUCCUCGCGAGCGCCCCGCGCGACACCCACCCACCCACCCAAUCAUGUCGUCCUGCAGCCGCGUGGCGCUGGUGACCGGAGCCAACAAGGGCAUCGGUUUUGCCAUCGCACGGGAACUAUGCCGGCAGUUCUCCGGGGACGUGGUGCUCACCGCGCGGGACACGGCCCGGGGCCGGGCGGCCGUGCAGCAGCUGCAGGCCGAGGGCCUGAGCCCGCGCUUCCACCAGCUGGACAUCGACGACCUGCAGAGCAUCCGCGCCCUGCGCGACUUCCUGCUCAAGGAGUACGGCGGGCUCAACGUGCUGGUCAACAACGCGGGCAUCGCCUUCAAGUUUAAUGAUCCCACACCCUUUGACAUUCAAGCUGAGGUGACGCUGAAGACAAACUUUUUUGCCACAAGAAAUGUCUGCACCGAAUUACUGCCCAUCAUAAAACCUCAUGGCAGAGUGGUGAAUAUCAGUAGUCGCCAGGGUACAAAAGCUCUUGAAAACUGCAGUGAAAAUCUGCAGGAGAAGUUUCGAUGUGAAACACUCACAGAGGAGGACCUCGUGGACCUCAUGAAAAAGUUUGUGGAGGAUACAAAAAAUGAAGUGCAUGAGAGGGAAGGCUGGCCUAACUCGGCGUAUGGGGUGUCCAAGCUGGGGGUCACAGCCUUAUCGAGAAUCCUGGCCCGGCGUCUGGAUGAGAAGAGAAAGGCCGACAGGAUUCUGCUCAAUGCGUGCUGUCCCGGCUGGGUGAAGACAGACAUGGCUGGGGAUUCCGGCAGCAGGACUCUGGAGGAGGGGGCUGACACCCCUGUGUACUUGGCCCUCCUGCCUCCAGAUGCCACUGAGCCUCACGGCCAGCUAGUCCAUGACAAGGUCAUCAUACCUUGGUGAAUGUCUUCUUUGGGCCUAAUGAUUAAUAAAUGUUUGUGGAAUGAA